AUGGCUUCCGAUGUGGCGGCCCUCGAGGCAGAGGUUAAAGAAUUCAAAUUACAGCUCGAAACUGUUCAAUCGAGCUUGCAGGUAGAUCCCGAUAAUGCGGAGCUUCAGAGCCUCAAGGCUGAAUUAGAAGAAUUCAUUGGCUUGACAGAAGCAUCGAUCGCCGAACUCAAACCUGCUACACCUACACCUGCACCACAACCACCCACAAAAGAGAAAUGGUCUAGAGAAAGCCAUCCCGCCUUUCAGUCUGGUUAUCGCAAAGCCACGGAUUCUGCCCCGCCCGACGAACCUGCCGCUCCUAUCUCAUUCUCCGUCAACGAUAGCGUACUCGCGCGGUGGAAAUCUGGAGAUGGGUCAUAUUACCCUGCACGAAUAACUUCAAUUACUGGAUCUUCCAGUAAUCCGGUGUAUAUCGUUUCAUUCAAGUCGUAUGGCACGACAGAGACACUAUCGGCGAGAGAUAUCAAGCCUAUUUCAAGUGGAGCUGAUUCGCGGAAACGCAAAGCUGAUGGAACGCCAGGCACACCUUCAUCGCAGUCAUCCACGCCGCAACAUACGGGUAUCAUCUCAGCGGCUGCUGAUAUAAAUCCCACUCUUGCCGACCAGGCUCGCAAUGAGCCUAGCAAAGUUAGCGAUGGACCGGCACGGCCGAAUAAGGUACCGCGAAAAGUGAAGGCUAACAAAGAGCUUGAGGCGGGGAAAUCGAAAUGGCAAGAUUUUACUAGCAAGUCAAAAUUUGGAAAGACAGCGAAGAAGGAGAGCAUGUUUCGCACACCAGAAGGUGUCAACGCUAGAGUGGGCUUUGUUGGCUCCGGCCAAGCGAUGCGAAAGGACCCGACGCGUAGCCGUCAUAUUUACCAGCAGGGCGAAGAAGAGGGCUACUGA